UUUAAGAGAAUAUUUACUUAGUCUCUACUUAAACCCCCAAGGCAUUCUUUCUAAGGGCCCGGCAGAAUAGGUAGGAAGUAGAGGAAAUUGAAGAUGAGCAAAAUCCCUCUGGACUGAAGAACAGUGUGCAACAGCAUCCAGCUGGACCUCCUUUCCUUGUAAUGCCAGCUGCUACCUCAGUUGUGCCUCCCUGCCACUCCCCACUUUCCCCAGCUGUCUCCCCUCCAUUAGUCCCCUCCCUAUCAAGUUUGUCCCAGCUGUUGUGGGUGGGGCAAGGCUGGUUGGUGUUUCCUCUGCAUCCAUCUUCCAUCCCCUAAAUAGAAAUUAUUUUCUGCCAAGAAGAGAGCAACAAGAUCUAGAUAGAAGACCCUUCAUUUUUUCAGAGGAAAGACAAGCACAGAAAUACAUGAACUUUGUGAAAUACAGCUCAACUUGGUGUAGUGGAAAGAAUAUCGAAUACUUAUUUUUUGACCCCGAUCAAUACCACUACUAGACAGUGCUGUGUCCAGCUGGGCCUGCUACCAUGCCUGUCCCAUUGCUCCCACUGCUGCUCAGAACUCUGCUGUCCCGCCUGCUGCUGCCCACUGCCCGCCUGGCUCGCAAGCACCUCGUGCCCCUGCUCCGACGCCUGGCCCAACGCCUGGGCUCUCAGGAGACUCGCCAAGCUCUCCUGGGCUGUCUUCUUUAUGUUCUCAGCGUCCGGAACCAGCCGGAUACAGAGGGAAAUAAAGUAGAGACCAAGGGAGGCUAGAUUUGGGGUGGGGACCCCCAAGACUGAAAAGCCCAAAGGGAAGCUCUCUUCUAUCCCUGGGCUAAGAAGGAAG